AAACCACGAUGGAAACUGGAGAGAACACAACAAGCAACUACACAUGGAGAUUACUCUAGCAGCAUCUGGGAUCUCUUAUCCUUGCCACCGACUUACAGUUGGAAGAAGAUCCUCACCAACACAAACCAGAGAACAGUCAGAAGAGCAAUGCACAGAUGUACACAUGGUUAGUGACAGUGACGGAGAUGACUUUGAAGAUGCUACAGAGUUUGGAGUAGAUGAUGGAGAGAUGUUUGGUAUGGCAUCAUCGGCACUGAGGAAAUCUCCAAUGAUGCCAGACAACACUGAAAAUGAAGGCGAUGCCUUAUUACAGUUCACUGCAGAAUUUUCUUCAAGAUACGGCGACUGCCAUCCAGUAUUUUUUAUCGGCUCAUUAGAGGCUGCUUUUCAAGAGGCCUUCUAUGGGAAAGCGAGAGAUAGAAAGCUUCUUGCUGUCUACCUCCACCACGAUGAAAGUGUGCUAACCAAUGUAUUCUGUUCUCAAAUGCUUUGUGCCGAGUCUAUUGUUUCCUAUCUUAGUCAGAAUUUCAUAACCUGGGCGUGGGACAUGACAAAAGAAGCAAAUAGAGCAAGGUUUCUAACAAUGUGUACAAGACACUUUGGUAGUGUUGUAGCUCAAACAAUUCGAACACAGAAGACUGAUCACUUUCCACUGUUCCUGAUUAUUAUGGGGAAACGAUCUUCGAAUGAGGUGCUGAAUGUAAUACAAGGUAACACAACAGUGGAUGAGCUAAUGAUGAGGCUGAUGGCUGCAAUGGAGAUCUUCAGUGCACAGCAGCAGGAAGACAUAAAGGAUGAGGAUGAACGUGAGGCCCGAGAGAAUGUGAAGAGAGAACAGGAUGAAGCUUAUCGAAUCUCACUAGAAGCUGAUAGAGCAAAGAGAGAAGCACAAGAAAGAGAAAUAGCAGAGCAGUUUCGUUUAGAACAAAUUAGGAAAGAACAAGAGGAAGAACGCGAGGCUAUUCGGCUAUCCUUAGAACAGUCUUUGCCUCCAGAGCCAAAAGAGGAGAACACUGAAUCAGUCAGUAAGCUGCGCAUCCGGACACCCAGUGGAGAGUUCUUUGAGCGACGUUUCCUAGCCAACAGCAAACUGCAGGUCGUCUUUGAUUUUGUAGCUUCCAAGGGAUAUCCAUGGGAAGAAUUCAAGCUCCUAGGGACUUUCCCCAGAAGAGAUGUGACCCAGCUGGAUCCAAAUAAAUCAUUACUGGAGUUAAAAUUGUACCCUCAAGAAACACUCUUCCUAGAGGCAAAAGAAUAGUUCGAGCCAGAUUGGAGGACUAAGUAAGCUUUUGAUAAAGAAUGAGGCAUGGUGAACACUUUAUCCAAAUCGCCGUGUACUAUCAUUUAACUCAGAAAUCAAUGUCACAACUCUGCCUCUGGAAGCCAGGAAGAUAGAAUAAACAGCGCUGUUUGAAAAGUUUCCUUACAUGACUAUAUGUUUCCAACCUCAUUUAAAUGAGCAGAGAAAAGCACUCUGCUGUAAACACUGAACACUAUGACUCUGUUGCUCAUCUUAUCAUCUGGCUUUUGUUAUAAUUAAUGCACUGUUAGAAUGUGAGUGAUUGUCAAGUAGAAUUUUUACUCCUCAAUUACUCCCUUUUUCACCAAGAAUUCUUGGACAUUUCUGCCUGUACUUUUGACACUAGAAUACUGUAUAUUUGAUAUCUUGCUGAACCAGUGCUCUCAUAUAUAUGCAUUUUCUUCCUGUGUUUUGAAUUUCUACUUCACCAUCUAAUUUUUUUUAAGGCAGAAAAUCAAUACAUGGGACAUUUUCAGCCUUGGAGAUUUAACAGUAUUGUAGUAGUAGAAAGCAGAGACUUUUUCCCCUGGUACUUUCUGACUUCUUUCGUAAGAUGUAAGGUUUUGUUUGAAGAAUAUAGUUUGACAUAUAUGCAAGAUAUUUAUUUGCUGAUUUUUUUUUUGCCUGGGAUCUCAGUUCAGAUUUAGCUUAGGGAGUAUGUUCCAUUAAAACUGCAGUGUGCAGAACUGCUGAAGAUGUGAAUAUCUAAAUAAUGUUCAAAAAUGGGCCAGUACCAAAUCACUGGUAUGAGCUAACAGUUCAGGAAUAAGCUGAUAUUGACUACCAGCUUUUAUAAAUCUUUCAGAUAGUAGACCCAAAAAUUCUUUGUUCAUCAUUGAGGAAGAAAUUGCAGUCUCCCCAUCCCCUUGUUUCUUUCUUUCGUUCUGACACUUGUUUGUAUUAUUUUUCCUGCUGUUUUUAAGCACCUUGUUUAUUUCACCAAAUAAUAAAAAUGUAAAACUGAAGUCCAUUAAGGAAUAUUCCUCAUUGUACACUUUGGUUAUUGAUCCAUUAUGAGAAAUGUGUACCUCCAGGGUUCUGAAAGCCUGAAAGGUACAAACGAGCCACACCUACUGCCUAAAAUUGCAUCAAUAUAAUUUUUCAAGGUUUUUUUUUUUCAAUUACACAAUGUUAGGAGUGCAGCAUAUUUGGAGUGCAGCA